AUGGCCUUAAAAUUACCGUUUGCUGGCAAAGUAGUUUUAAUAACAGGCGCAUGUUCUGGAAUCGGAGCUGCCACAGCUCAGCUCUUCUCUAGGUCAGGUGCAUGUCUGUUCAUGUGCGGUCAGAACAAGGAUAACCUUGCGGCAGUUGCAGACAAAUGCAUUCAGAAGCCGGAAACCUUUAUAGGAGACCUGACCUGCGACGAUGAUAUCAGAGACAUAAUAAAAUCAACCAUAAAGACCUUCGGCAAGCUGGACGUCCUGCUAAACGUUGCCGGUAUUUUAGAGAGCGGCAACAUUGAAAACCUAGAUCUGUGUCACUACGACAGAACUAUGGCUAUAAACACGAAAGCCGUCUAUCAUCUAUCUUCACUGGCCGCUCCGCAUCUGAUCAAGACAAAAGGGUGCAUCGUAAGCGUGUCCAGCGUGGUCGGAAUACGAUCAUUUCCCAAUGUUUUGGCUUAUUGUAUGUCAAAAGCGGCAGUGGAUCAUUUUACAAGGUGCGCCGCCUUGGAGCUGGGUCCGAAGCAGGUUCGAGUGAACUGCGUUAAUCCUGGUAUGAUUGUGACGAAUCUGCACAAGAGCGGUGGAAUGUCCGAGGAAGCGUACGAAAAGUUCAAAGAGAGUGCAAAGAACACGCAUGCCUUGGGCAGGGCUGGUCAACCAGAAGAAGUCGCAGCCGCCAUGCACUUCCUUGCGAGCGACGAUGCAAGCUUCAUCACCGGUGUAUCGCUUUCCGUGGAUGGAGGCAAACACGCCAUGUGUCCAAGAUAAAUAUGCUAUGUCACUGACAAAUCAACCAGUUUCCAAUCAAACAUUUGACAGUUCUCAUCGAUGAUCAAAAUUCUCCGUGUCCGAAAUCUGCAAA